AUGCUCUCGAGAAUAGCUCGAGCUUCGCGGCUCGCCUCGGCCACACCCACGGCUGCCCGUUCGUCGCGAUCCGCCGUCUUCCCGACCCUUCGCGCGCCGGCCGCCGUUGCCAUCUACCCCUCGGCUCGCACAUACGCCUCUAACCAUCGCAAGCCCGGCCACGCUUCUCGAGAAUCUCCUCCCAAAAAUUCGUCCCAGCCUUCUCGCGAGUCUUCUCCACAGACUCCCCCUCAGGCUGCUCCUCGGGUCUCCCCGCAGACCCCCCCUCAAGCUUCAUCCCAAGCCUCUUCCUCCAAACUGGGUCAAGACAGCCCAAAAGAACAGAACGCUUCGCCCAAGAAAGAGACGUCCGCAACUCUGCCUCGAGACGCCUCUCAACAUGUCGGACAAACGCCUUUUCAUAAGCUGCCUGACUUGACGCAGGGCAUUCCCUCCACCCUGGAACAAGAGAUGCAGGACAAAGCUGGCCGAUCGCCGUCAGCGCUGCAGGCAAUCGAGCAGGAAGACUCGGAUGGCCGAGGCCCUCGCGAGCGAAAGGAAACUUACAUCCCUUCCAGCGAGCGCAACCGUCGCUGGUGGACUCGCCUCGUGCUGCUCACUACGGCAGUCGGCUCCUCCCUGGCCAUCUUGUACAUGGGCCGAAACUGGGAGGAUGCCGUCGAAGUUGAGCGCCAUCCAGACGCCCCCAACGGAUUCAGCCCGACGCUGUGGUGGCAGCGAAUGAAGAUGCGUAUGAGCGAGUCCGUCUCGUACUACCAGGACCCAGCCUUCGAUAAGCUAUUACCCGACCCCGAUCCAAGCUUCGAGCGUCCGUAUACACUCUGUUUGAGCUUGGACGACCUGCUCAUUCACAGCGAAUGGUCCCGCGAGCACGGCUGGAGAAUAGCAAAGCGUCCUGGAAUGGACUACUUUGUUCGCUACCUGAGCCAGUAUUUCGAGCUGGUUCUCUUCACGACUGUUCCCUUCAUGUACGGCGAAUCCGUGGUCCGCAAGCUCGAUCCUUUCCGCUUCAUCAUGUGGCCGCUUUACCGCGAGGCGACAAAGUUUGAGGAUGGAGAGAUUGUCAAGGAUCUGUCGUAUCUCAACCGCGACCUGUCUAAAGUCAUCAUCAUCGACACAAACCGCUCCCACGUGCGCAAACAACCCGAAAACGCCAUCAUCCUCGAGCCGUGGAAGGGGGACCCCAAGGACAGCGAGCUCGUCGGCCUGAUCCCUUUCCUCGAAUACAUCCACACCAUGCAGUACUCGGACGUGCGCAAGGUCCUCAAGUCUUUCGAGGGCAAGCAUAUCCCCACCGAGUUUGCCCGCCGCGAAGCCAUUGCUCGAAAAGAGUUCAAUGCACAGCUCAAGAAUCAAAAGGCCAAGCAUUCGAAGCCGUCGGGUGUUGGCGCCCUGGGCAACAUGCUCGGCCUCAAGCCUAGCAACAUGAGCAUGACAAUGGAUCUUGCGCGCGAGCGGGGACAGAGGAACUACGAGCUCUUGGAAAAGGAGAUUCGAGAAAACGGCGAGAAGUGGCUCAAGGAGGAGCAAGUCGCCAUGGAAAAGGCCCAAAAGGAGGCCAUGUCGAGCAUGAUGGGCUCCUUUUCCGGCUGGUACAAGCCAAAACCAAACGGCGAGUCCUGA